AUGUCGACCAGUGACAGAAGCCCUAAAGAUGGUGAACGGAUCAUCGCUUCGACCCGUCGACCCGACGGAACACUCCGAAAAGAAAUUCGAAUCCGACCCGGUUACGUUCCUCCAGAUGAAGUCGCUAUCUAUCAACCAAAACCCGCACUCAUGAGAAAAGAAAUGGCUUCGCAUAUUGGUCCUCCUCCAGGUUACGACCCUCAAUUGGAUUCAAAACCGAAAACCAAAGCUGUUAAGCGAAAUGAAAGAAAGAAAGAAAAGAAACGACUUCAGGUAAAGGAAACUAACUUAGAACCAACUGUAGUUGAAGAUAGUAGAAAGCAAGAAGCAGUAGUUGUGGAGAAUACUGUCCAUACGUUAACUUCUCAGAUCAAUGAACUAGCUGUUUCUGGAGAUAGCUCAAUUGUUACUCCUACCAACAACUCUGCGGAAGCUUCCGAGCCAAUUGGUUCGGCUCAAGAUUUAGACAAAAAAAUUCGAGCAUUGAAAAAGAAGAUUCGACUUACAGAAGCACUGCAGGAAAAAACUGCAGAGCAAGAUUUAAAGCCAGAGCAGUUAGAAAAGCUGGCAAAACUAGAAGAUUGGCGUAAGGAGCUAAAACAAUUGGAGAAUAAAAAGGCCGAAAUAUUGGUUGUGUGA